UUCCGCUUCUCGGGAUCUGAUCUCGAGACAGAGGAGAGGAGAGAAGAAGAAGUGAGACAAAACUGAUCUCUUAUCAGUUUUAUUAUAUAAUCUCCCUUUUGUUUCCUUCUCAUCUCUUAGCUCUCUCAUAGAGUUUUGGAAAAGAGCCCCUCAUAAAGCUAUUACCUUCCAUCGUGUCUCCCUAAUUCCCAUUUCAACUAGAUCUGUGGACGAAGCUUGGUAGCUCUGGAUUGGCCUUUUUGCAACUUCACAACACUCCCCAGGGUUUGUAGUUGGAAUAUAAGUGAAUAUGAACUGCAUUCCACAUGUUCCCCCCGGCUUUAGGUUUCACCCAACAGAUGAAGAACUUGUUGAUUAUUACCUGAGGAAGAAGGUUGCUUCCAAAAGAAUUGAUUUGGAUAUCAUCAAAGAUGUCAACCUUUACAAAAUCGAGCCAUGGGAUCUUCAAGAACUAUGUAAACUGGGAAGUGAAGAUCAGAAUGAAUGGUAUUUCUUCAGCCACAAGGACAAGAAGUACCCGACAGGAACUCGAACAAACCGAGCGACAAAAGCAGGGUUUUGGAAAGCAACAGGAAGAGACAAAGCUAUUUAUUCUCGGCAUUGUUUGGUUGGGAUGAGAAAAACCUUAGUGUUCUAUAAAGGAAGAGCUCCCAAUGGACAAAAAUCAGAUUGGAUCAUGCAUGAAUACAGACUUGAAACUAAUGAAAAUGCAACUCCUCAGGAAGAAGGAUGGGUGGUGUGCAGAGUUUUCAAGAAGCGGCUGCCGACGGUGAGAAAAGCCGGGGACUACGGCUCACCGUGCUGGUACGACGACCAAGUCUCCUUCAUGCCGGAGCUCGAUUCUCCGACCACCCAAAUCUCUCAUCACCAGCCGUACCCAUCCUUCCACCACCCUAAUUACCCCUGCAAGCAAGAGCUUGAAUUACACUACCACGCGCCGCCGCACGACCCCAUGUUCCUCCAGCUCCCUCACCUCGAGAGCCCCAAAAUGCAACCCUCCUCCGCCGCCAACUCUCUCCUCCCUUACGCCUACGCCGAGCAGGCCGUGGCUGAUCACGUCACCGAUUGGCGAGUGAUGGAAAAAUUCGUGGCCUCUCAGCUCAGCAACGAUCAAGAUCAUGUCAAGCCAUCAAAUUAUUCCCAAGCUUCUGUUUUUCAACUCCCCCAUGAGUGUGAACGCAAAGAUAUGGCACCGGAGUUUGCUCUGGCGGCGUCACCGCCGUCGAGUUGCCAGGUGGAUCUCUGGAAGUGAAGGAAAUAAGGAAAGGGAAAUAUAUAUUGUGAUCUCUACAUGGUGUCCAAAAAAAUGUUAGAACGAACCAUAUACCAAAAAAGAAAAAAAAAAACUAAUUAUAGGAAGAAAGGAGAAGCCGAUAUUGAUACGAUAUUUUUAUUCUGA